GGCGAGUGUUGUGUGUCGACGCGGACCGAGUGCCCCAGUGACCCAAUUUUCGCUCUCUAUUGGGGAUAACGAAACGAAAACCGCCGCCGCUGAUGAGUACACUCGACCUCGGCAUGGAGACGGUGGUGGUGGCGUCGGGCACGCCGGAACCGCCGGAGCCGCCCGAGCCCGCUGAGAACGGCCUGCUGCUGCCACCGCCGCCACCACCGCCGCCCGAGGGCACCGUGUACAUCAUCAGUGCGCGACCGCCGGCGCCGGCACCGGCGCCGUCCGCCGCCACCGUGCACGCCCCGCCCGAACCCUUCCUCGACAAGGACGACCCACAGGAGGACUCGACAGCCUCUCAGUCUGACGCCGGCGGUAAGUGGCCCACGCGCUUGUGCCGCCUCCUCGCUUGGUACCAGAGCCAUGCCGGGGGCCUGUGGUAG